UAAAAGAUACAAUACUUUACAAACUACUGAACCUGAAAGUAGUGUCUUCACUGCUAAACCUAACGAUGAAACACCAGUUAUUAUAAAUAUCGAUCCUUUUUUGCUUAACAAAGGAAAGGGCAAAGAAGUUUUCACAAGUGAAAUAAACUCAGUCAGCACUUCUGACCAUAUUGUGUUGUAUUUGCCAAACACCUAG